UCCCGAGGAACAAAGAUCUGUGAUCUGCGCGUUAGGCCAGCGUCGUGGGUGUUGACGGGCGAGGUAUUCGUCGCAUUUCGUGCUUUGGAGGCCACGAUUUCUUCCGUUUACCCCUCUGUGUUCGAUUGAAGAAGCGCAUCUUCACCAGGCAAACCCAAAAUGAGUGACCGAGAGGCUAGCCCUGAAGAUGGCCGCGAAGAGGAACAGUACCACCAGCGGUCCGAGGAGGAGGAGGAGGAUGAAGAGGCUGAGGAAGAGAAGGCGGGAGGAGGAGGAGGUGGAUCCAGGGAUGGGUCGGCACCCCCUGCAGCCAACGAGGAGGAGGAAGACGGUGGCGGAGACAGGUCUCACCACCGGCGUGGGAGCAGGGAGUCACGUUCCCGCUCCCGUUCCUACUCUCGUUCGUACUCCUCGAGACGUCGGCACUCCUACUCUCGAUCCAGGAGUCGUUCGCGUUCAUCUCGCAGGAAGCACCGUCACUACAGCCGGUCACACUCGCGUUCACCGCGGAGGAGCAGUCGCCAUUACUACUAUGGCAGCUCAAGAAGCCGAAGAACGCACAGUCGCUCACCGAUGUCCAAUAGACGUCGUCAUGUUGGCAGCCGAGACAACCCAACAACAAGCCGCUGCUUGGGGGUGUUUGGGCUCAGCCUGUACACACAGGAGCGGGACCUGAAAGAGGUUUUCUCAAAGUAUGGACCCAUAGAAGAUGUACAGGUGGUUUAUGACGCACAGUCUGGCAGAUCUCGAGGGUUUUCCUUCGUCUACUUUGAGAAUGUGGAUGAUGCUAAAGCAGCUAAGGAUCGCUGCAAUGGUAUUGAAAUUGACGGCCGAAAGAUCCGUGUGGACUACUCCAUCACACAGCGGGCUCACACACCGACCCCUGGGAUCUACAUGGGCAAGCCAUCCUAUUCAUCAAACAAAGGCGGAGGUUACGGUGGAGGCGGAUACCGGGGCGGCUACCGGGAUCGGUCCCCAUCACCCUACUACAGGCGGCGCUACUCCCGCUCCCGCUCUAGGUCCUACUCUCCGCGGAGCCUAACAAGGGCUUGGAAGACAGAAAACUGUGAAGAGAAGGGAAGUUAAAGUUGAAGUUAAGGCGAAGAGUUUGAAGUUGUGAAGUUUCACGAAGUUUGAAGGUGUGAAGGGGAAAAGAAAAUAGCGUCGUCUCUCUCGAAAACGUGGCCGGCGAAGUUUCGGAAGAUUUGGAAGCAAAGCGCAAAAAUCAAACGGGGAAAAUUUGCCGGUAGGGAAAAUUGGAAAAGUGCUUCUCGGGUAGCUGCCGAAGAGAAGAGUCUUGGGUUGGGAAGAUUCAAGCUCUGAAGCCGGUUUUUCUUUGCAAUGAGGUAUGAGGUGAUGUCCUCCACCAUUGUUUCUUUUUUUUUUGUUAACGUGCUGCGUUUAUUUGCACAUAGAUCAGUCUUAACCGUGCAUGUUGUCUGGGCGAAGAAGUUUGUCAGUGAUGCAUGCUCCUUUCUGCGUUAAUAUCUGUGGCAUGUUGUCGUUGGGGGGGGGGGGGGGGGGUACUGAGAGCGCAGCUCUCUGAAAAUUGAUCUAUGUGUGGCUGGACGAAGUACGUUGUCUAGCAUGGUGAUGGGAUCAUAACAGAACCAGCCUUCCUCACAUUUUGGAGGGUAGUGGUUUUGGCAGUCCUGUAAGUGAUUCUAGCUCUUACACCUUCCAGUUCCCACAGGACAGACCCUUGUGUUGCUAUGUUCCAAAGCGGAUUCCUCCGUGAUGCACACCAUUCAUGUGGAAGUACCGAAGGUUAAGGCUGGGAUGGGGGAAUAGGAGAUGCCAAAGUGCCGUGAUGCUGCCACGGCAGAGUUCCCUGCGCUUUUGCAUGCCUUAGUACCUUGCGGUACCUUUCCUCACUGCAGGCUGCAUACUGAAGUAUGCUGAAGUGUGCGGCGUCAGAUUCGGUUAGAUUGUCAGUCUGCCAUCGUUGGUGUUUGCAUGCACGACAAGUUAGCUAACAUGAGGUAGCAGCAAAAACAAGUACAGUUACAUGCCGUAAGGUAAUUUUAAGCUUUCCUCGUAACUGUACUCUGCUUAUGCUGGCUCAAAAAAUGUCAUUCUCACUGUAGCAAAGAGUCGUCAAAAACGAAAUGCGAGAGGGUCUUGUCAAGACGUUGUAAUUUAAGAUGUUCUCUUUUUCUAUUCCCUCAGUUUUGGAGGUGAAAUUGCACAUUAACUGUUCUUGUACAAGGGUCGUCCAAGGUUGGCAGUCUUCCGUUUUUCUUCAAUGCAAUGGAUAAUUUGGGAAGCACAAAACUCAGUUUUUCGAGGUAUUCGCAGUGUGCAUCUAGAUGCACACUUCGGUGCCUUUGAUGUACAAAGAUUGGCUGCUGUCGUAGCCACUGCUGGAUAUCUUUCUGGAGGACUUCUGUGGAAUGCCCUUCCUCUAUGGGGCUUUUUAACCGGCUUUUAAAUCUGGGCUGUAAUGGGCAUGGGGCGCAUCUCGACCAGUGUUGCUACUUGUUCACCAUGUGAGACUGGGCAUUGUCAUGAAUCGCCCUUCAUGUCAACAUCCCAGGCCUUUUCUUGCAAGUUGCAUUUCACACAGCACCCUUUAUCAACGUGGAGGUUGUACUGGGUAUUAAUCGUGACAGCACGUCCUAGAAGGCAGUAGUUCCCGUGGGCUUCCCCGGAGAUUGCCGCAUCUUGUUUUUCUUUGGCGAGCAGUCU